AUGGCUUCAUUCGGUGCAUCAAAUAGAGAACUACUGGUUCACAUGAAUGGUGGCAAGGGAGAGAGCAGUUAUGCAAACAACUCCUUACUGCAAAAAAAACUAAUGCUUAAAGCUAACCAUAUACUUGAAGAAACUAUCAUGAGACUCUAUUGUGAUUCCUCUCCAAACUGCAUGAAAGUGGCAGAUUUAGGGUGCUCUGUGGGACCAAAUACACUUCUUGAUCCAUCACUGGGGUCUAUGGAGGUAGCACCACUUAACAAGGGCCAUUGUCAUAUAGUCAGCACAAGUCCUCCUGAGGUAUACAAAGCUUACCUUAAACAGUAUCAACAAGACUUUAAAUUGUUUCUGAAAUCACGUUCGGAUGAACUUGCGCCUGGAGGAGCAAUGGUCUUGGUGCUUCUCGGCAAUCACGAAACUCCUAGAAGAACAGUGUAUGAACCUACCGUUGAAGAAAUUAAGCACGUGAUUGAGGAAGAAGGGUCAUUCUUCAUUCAACAAUUAGAGAUUUUAAUCUUGCCUUGGGAUGAAGGCAUAAGUGAAGGGGGUGAAGAUUCUUCUCUUGAUGGAAAUAUAAAAGCAGAGUUAAUGGCCAAGCAUGUGAGAGCAGCAAUGGAGCCUCUCAUGUCUACAAAGUUUGGUGCAGAAGUUAUAACCGAAGUAUUCAGGAGGUAUCAAAAGAAAGUUGUGCAACUAAUGGAGGUGGAGAAGGAGAACUUGGAGUGUGCUACUUUUAUGAUAUCUAUGACAAAAAGGGCUUGA